CAGACGGCACGUAUUAUGCUCCAGUGCUCGGCGCUCUUUCUACUCUUUUAAAAAAUCUCAUUGCGCACCGGAUUCGUUUGUAAAAUGAUAUACGAUUCAUUGUAUGUUGACACAGGUAUCAACUCGAUCGAGCAAAACUAAUAAACACAACUUUCACCUGGGCUUCGAAUCCCAUACGUCAAAUCAUUCUGGUGUCGGGAGGCGACUGUCGAUAUGCAAGAAACAUUGUCUCCCCGUGUGCUGCAGUUAAAUGUGCUGGUUCGUAUGUGUGGUCGACAUACACUUUGACUUCCUCAAGUUUGUUACUGUUUGACUGGCGGAUUUAGUCACCGAAAAUGAUGUCUUUUUGGAUUAUUUGUUUUGUGGGUACCGUUGGUAUAGCCGGUACCUCGAAGCGGAGUCCAUCCAUGAUCUUACCGAGACCCCUUCUGAAGGUGAACCCCGACACACACCCAACGUUACCGCUCAUCAGAGAGAUCGUUGACGAUCUCACCAACUUGCCUCGUCCGAAAGACUUGAACCGCAACAAACUACUGCACCGUCUCGAGACAGAGUUCGACCCCCGUUGGAUGUCGGUUGAUGACCCGUUCACGUCCGGUGUCCCUGAGGGGGACUCGAACCCAAUGCCCAGCUCCAAGACACCCGCAUGGCUUCUGAACGAGCUUCGCCACCUGAACCUUUCCCACACGCCCAACUACGUAGCGGCCUUCCCGGAGUCUCGCACCGCCCUAGAGGUGUGGUUGCUCGAGAGGGCAAGCUGCCCCGUGAGGUACGACUGGGUGGACAUUGGGCCGCUGUUCUGGCCACCGUGGGUCAAACACGGCACGUGCGUGGCUCGUCAGUGCUCAUGGCCCCCUGGGAUGAAAUGUGUGCCGGGGGAAACCCGAAAUAUCUUCCUGCUGAGGUGGCAUUGCAUGCCGACCUCACCCGACGAUGAUGAACGAGCGACCCGCAAGAGGAAAAACUGCCGUUGGAUCAAGGUCCCUUACCCGGUCAUGUCCGAAUGCAUUUGCAGUUGUAAAUGACGUAAUGACAGUUUGCAGUUGCGAAUGAAGGUGUUGGUGUCUAGUGGAUCAACACUUAAUCCGCUUCAAGUUCAACAGUUAAUCCGCUUCAAGUUCAACACUUAAUCCGCUACAAGUUCAACACUUAAUCCGCUUCAAGUUCAACACUUAAUCCGCUUCAAGUUCAGAAACAGACAGACUAAGAAAAGUUUUCUUCAAAAAUGGAUUACAUGAGGAGACAAUAAGACGCCGAUAAUUUUGUGAAUGUUGUUUUUGUUAUAAAUAAUGCUUUGUUGAUUUCGAAGGUUGUCUGCUUAAAAGUAUUUGCAUGAAUUUUGAAAUAAUUUAAAGACACUGGACACUAUUGGUUAUUGUCAAAGAUCAGUCUUCUCACUUGGGGUAU